AUGGCACAACCAUCGACGCCUCCAUCGCCACUCCAUCGGGCUCCCAGCAAUCUCUCCGCAGCGUCGACUACCCUGUCCAGAGAAUGUACACCCGGUGCUCCAGCUCAAAGUGUUGAUCCUCCACCAGACAAUAAUGCUGCGCCAGACACUGCCGCAUCGUCAUCCGUCGUCGACGAGUCCCUCCAAGCACGCAUCGAACGUCUCGGCCGUGAACGCCCUCCGAUCUUUACAACCUGCUGGAGCGAGAUAAUCUUCAUCUUCAGCAUCUCCAUGUCCCAAUUCCUGACAGAAUACUUUGUCUCGGGAUUCACCGUCAUCCUCCCAACUCUAAUCAGAGAGCUCGACAUCCCGCAAGCAGCCAGCGUUUGGCCAGCAACUGCUUUCUCCCUCGUCAUUGCCAGCACCUUGCUUGUCUUUGGCCGUCUGGGCGACAUGUGGGGAGGAUAUCCCGUCUUCAUGUGGGGUCUAGUCUGGCUUCUUAUCUGGAGUAUAAUAGCCGGGUUCAGCAUGAAUCCGCUGAUGCUCGACCUGUGCCGUGCCUUGCAAGGGCUGGGAGCUGCUGCUUUCUUGCCUACUGGAGUCAUGCUUAUGGGCUCCUUGUAUCGCCCUGGGCCACGAAAGAAUAUCGUCUUUGCAGUAUAUGGCACGUCAGCUGUAUUUGGCUUUUUCGGUGGCAUUCUCAUGGCAGGCAUCGUAGGUCAGUUCACCCGUUGGGGAUUUUACUUCUGGAUCGGCGCGAUCCUGACGGCAAUUACGCUGUUGACUUCGAUCUUGUCCAUUCCACGGCCUCAUUCCGAGGACCAGACCCCAAACAAAGUCGCAAUGGACUACCCUGGCGCCAUCACAAUCGUCUCUGGCCUCACCCUAGUCGUGUUUUCCAUCUUGCAAUCAGCACAUGCCCCUUCAGGUUGGAGAACACCUUAUAUCCCAAUAUGUUUCGGACUUGGUGUCUUGUCGCUUCUUGCUGCAGUCUACGUCGAAACAUGCGUCGCUACUCAUCCUCUCCUGCCAGCUUCGAUCUUCACUACUCCCUGCAUGAGCCCUCUCCUUUUGGCUCUCUUUCUGCUCUACGGCACCUGGGGCAUCUUUUCUGUAUACGGAACACUCUACUUCCAGAACAUCAUGUCCGCCAGUCCGUUGCAAGUCGUAGUCUGGUAUGUGCCUCUCGGUGUUGCAGGCCACCUUUUCAGCAUCAUAGAGGGCUUUAUCUUGCACCUGGUCCCAGGGCGCGUAUUGCUGAACAUUUCUGGCCUGGGUGCAGUAGGGUCACAGCUUCUGAUAGCCCUGAUUCCGUCCGGGGGUAGCUAUUGGGCAUGGGUGUUUCCUGCGGUCAUUCAGCACCAUAGGAAUCGAUUUGUCCACGAUAUUGAUGACAGUUCUUCGUGA